GUGAUCUGGCAGCUCCGGAGGAGACGUGAAUAAAAGACGACGAAGAAGAAGAAGAAGAAUAAUUAAACGUAGAAGACGAAGAAGAAGAUAAAAGAUAAACACGAUGUCUUCCUCAGAGAGCCCAGAAUACGCGCCGUUCUUCGCGGUGAUGGGAGCCUCCGCGGCCAUGGUGUUCAGCGCAUUAGGAGCAGCGUAUGGGACGGCGAAGAGCGGCACAGGCAUCGCUGCCAUGUCUGUGAUGCGGCCAGAGCUCAUCAUGAAGUCCAUCAUCCCCGUGGUCAUGGCUGGUAUCAUCGCCAUCUACGGGCUGGUGGUGGCUGUGCUGAUAGCAAACAACAUCUCUGAGAGAAUCACUCUUUACAAGAGUUUCCUGCAUCUCGGUGCUGGUCUGAGCGUGGGCCUGAGCGGUCUGGCGGCCGGGUUCGCCAUCGGCAUUGUGGGCGACGCCGGAGUGCGAGGCACCGCCCAGCAGCCCCGGCUUUUCGUGGGCAUGAUCCUGAUCCUGAUCUUCGCUGAGGUGCUGGGGCUCUACGGCCUCAUCGUGGCUCUCAUCCUAUCUACAAAAUAAAUGUCCGCAUACAAACACCAUCUCAUUCAUUCCACAACGAAGCAGCAAGAACAAAUAGGAGAAUUUCACCUACUUCCAUUACACGCCGAGGGUCUGACAGGAUGGGAUGGCAACAGAAACAUGUCGGCGGUCGACUUGACAGCUGUGUCCCCAGUAGAUGUGAUCUAUCCAUAUUGUUUAAAGCCAUCCAGUUGUGUCAGGUCUUGUGAGUACUGAACGGGCAUGAAGAUGUCGUGGUUGUUGUGGGAUAAUGUGUGGACAGUCUGCUUGAUUUGUUGUCUGAUCUUAACCUGUACAGUGAACCAGAGUCCCUCCACCCCUGUAAAUGUAGUAACCAGUCUGUGCUGUGAGUGUGAGUAUCAACGUUUAUCCCUCUGCCCAGUCCCCUCCUCUGAUCUUUGUUUUCUGUUGGUGAUUUUGAUCGUCUUUCUCCGUUUGGAGACUGCUGAAGAAUCAUGCACACUAGUAUUUUUAUGUUUCCAUGUUUGUUUUCUGGGACCAUUUUUGAAUCACAGUGGUGAGGACCUGUCAAUACAUUUUUUUUUUUUUUUUUUUCACUAUUUAUGAAAAGUUAAGAAGACUUUGACUUAAUGAAAACUGUUUAAAUGGAAUAAUGUUUAUUAAAUACCCUAUAUACAUAAAAUAUAUAAAUUAUCUGUGUAUAGUUGGAUUCAUUGCACUGUGGGUAAUUGUUCUAAGUGCUUGGAAUUCCUCUGGAUGUAGUGUGAUUAUUAAUGGAGGAUGUCCACAUGUUGACAUGGAGUUGACAGUGUGUGCGUGUAUGUGUGUGUGUGAAUGACCUGAGUGCAUAAUGUGUGUGUGUGCAAGUCUUUAUGUUUAAUAUGACAUUCUCCAACACUAGUAUCGUUUACCUGUAGUGCUGCUGUCUUGGUUUUGUUUGUUUGUUUUGUUUAAAGCUCACUGUUCAGCCAUGCCUGUCAGAUUUCCAAAUAAAACUCAACCUCCUCCAGAACAUCGAUG